AUGGAUGUUCAGAAACUUACUGAAUUGCUACGUGCUACUAUCGAGCCAAAUCAUGAGCAGAGAGAAGCGGCUGAGGAGCAACUGGCACAAAUACACAAAAUAAUCGGAUUUGUGCCAACAAUAUUGCAAAUUGUUAUGCAAAACAAUGUAGAUCAACCAGUGCGGCAAGCUGGAGCUAUUUACCUUAAAAAUCUCAUAACAAACAGCUGGUCGGAUUGUGAGGCUAAACCGGGUGAGCCUAUACCUUUUACCAUUCAUGAGCAAGAUCGUGCUAUGAUACGUGGAUCGAUUGUGGAUGCUAUUGUACACGCUCCGGAUAUCAUAAAAGUUCAAUUGGCAGUAUGUGUAAAUCAUGUCAUUAGAAAUGAUUUUCCGGGACGUUGGCCACAAGUUGUUGACAACAUUAGCAUUUAUCUACAAAAUCCUGAUGUAAAUGGUUGGAAUGGUGCUCUGGUUACUAUGUAUCAGUUGGUUAAAACUUAUGAAUACAAACGUUCAGAGGAGCGUGUUCCUCUCAAUGAAGCAAUGAAUCUAUUACUUCCAAUGAUUUAUCAACUCAUGCUUAAUCUAAUGAAUGAUCAGUCUGAGCAGUCAAUCUUACUACAGAAACAAAUUUUAAAGAUAUAUUACGCCUUAACUCAGUACACACUGCCAUUGGAUCUUAUUACAAAAGAAAUCUUCGCGCAGUGGAUGGAAAUAUGCCGGCAAAUUGCCGAAAGGCCAAUACCAGACUGUUCACAUAUAGAUGACGAAGAGAAACCCGAAUUCCCAUGGUGGAAGGUAAAAAAGUGGGCUCUGCAUAUAAUAGUACGAAUGUUUGAACGAUACGGAAGUCCGCGUAAUGUAAUAAGUGAAAAGUAUCAAAAAUUUGCGGAAUGGUAUCUUCCCACAUUUUCAUCAGGUAUUUUGGAUGUCAUGCUAAAGAUUCUAGACCAAUAUAGAAAUCAUAUUUACGUAUCACCACGUAUUCUCACUGAUAUUUUGGCUUACUUGAAAAAUGCCGUAAGCCACGCAUAUUCCUGGAAAUUAAUAAAGCCUCACAUGGUCGCUAUUGUACAAGAUGUGCUAUUUCCUAUUAUGUCUUUCACUGAUGCUGAUCAAGAACUAUGGGAAACGGAUCCACACGAGUAUUUAAGAUUGAAAUUCGAUAUAUUUGAGGACUACGCAACACCAGUUCCAGCAGCCCAAUCAUUGUUACAUACCGUUUGUAAGAAGCGAAAAGGAAUAUUACCGAAAGCUAUGAAUAUAAUAAUGCAGAUUAUAACAUCACCAAAUGCAGACAAUAAACAAAAGGACGGUGCCCUGCAUAUGAUUGGCACUUUAGCUGAUGUUCUGCUUAAAAAACGUGUUUACCGUGAUCAAGUAGAAACAAUGUUGACUACAUAUGUUUUCCCUGAAUUCCAAAAUCCGGCUGGUCAUAUGCGUGCUCGAGCGUGUUGGGUACUUCACUAUUUUUGUGACAUUCAAUUGAAAAAUCCUCAGGUAUUGGCAGAAAUUAUGCGUUUGAACGUACACGCUUUGCUCAAUGACAAAGAGCUGCCGGUUAAAGUUGAAGCCGCAAUUGGUUUACAAAUGUUCUUAACUUCGAAUGAUGAUGCAGCGCCAUAUGUGGAAAGUCAAAUAAAGGAAAUUACAAAAGAACUGCUCACUAUUAUACGUGAAACCGAAAAUGAGGAUCUAACGAAUGUUAUGCAAAAAAUAAUGUGUACAUUUACCACUCAACUUCUACCUGUUGCAAUGGAAAUAUGUCAGCAUUUGGCGACGACUUUUAGCCAAGUACUUGAAGCUGAUGAAAGUUCCGACGAGAAAGCGAUAACCGCCAUGGGUUUAUUGAAUACAAUUGAAACUCUUUUAACUGUUAUGGAGGAUCAUCCCGAUGUUUUAUUAAAUCUACAUCCCAUUGUAAUUAAUGUAGUUGGCCACAUAUUCCAAAAUAAUAUUACUGAUUUUUAUGAAGAAACAUUUUCAUUAGUUUUUGAUCUUACAUCAAAAGCAAUAUCGCCAGAAAUGUGGCAGAUGAUGGAGCUUAUUUAUCAAGUUUUCAAGAAGGAUGGUGUUGAUUAUUUUAUUGAUAUAAUGCCAGCUUUGCAUAAUUACGUUACUGUGGAUACGCCAGCUUUCCUCUCCAAUCCCAACCGACUUUUAGCUAUGUUCGACAUGUGUAAAACUAUGUUAACAACUAAUCCUGGCGAGGACCCUGAAUGUCACGCCGCGAAGUUGCUUGAAGUUAUAAUUUUGCAAUGUAAGGGCCAAAUAGACUCAGUAAUCCCAAUGUUUGUUGAAUUGGCAUUGUCGCGUUUAACACGCGAAGUACAAUCAUCUGAACUUCGUACAAUGUGCUUACAGGUUGUUAUAGCGGCUCUCUAUUAUAAUCCACAACUUUUGUUAACAAUUUUGGAAAAAAUGUCCCAACCAAAUAAUGAAUCUAUUUCAUCACAUUUCAUUAAGCAAUGGCUUCACGAUACAGACUGCUUUUUGGGUAUCCAUGAUCGAAAAUUGUGUGUACUUGGUUUAUGUACACUGAUUUCAUUAGGCGACGCCAAACCACCGGUUCUUAGUGAGGUAGCCGGUAAAAUCAUGCCCAAUCUUAUACUCCUUUUCGAUGGACUUAAACGCGCAUAUGAAUCACGUGCACAAGAAGAGGAAGAGGAGGAGGACGAAGAAGAUGAUGAUGAUGGCGAAGAAGCCUUGUCUAGCGACGAAGAUGAAAUUGACGAAUUUGCGUCCAACUACUUGGAACAAAUUGCAGAGAUAUCCAAAGCAAAGGGCGCUGAGGCAGGUUUCGAAAUGAAGGCUGAAAUAAAGGAUGAUGAAGAUUCGGACGAUGAAGAAGAGGAAUCUGUUGAUGAUCUUAAUGAAACUGCUUUAGAAGGCUUUACCACACCAAUCGAUGACGAAGAAGAGGAAUCUGCAGUUGAUGAAUAUGUUACAUUCAAGGAAGUUCUCUCCGCACUCUCUACCCAAGAUCAAGCUUGGUAUGCACUAUUAACAUCAGGCCUUACCACUGAACAGACGAAAGCUCUCCAAGAGAUCGCAAUUACCGCCGAUCAGAGAAAAGCAGCUAAAGAAUCAAAACUUAUUGAAAAGCGUGGAGGUUUCGCAUUCCCACAACAAACCGUUCCAUCAUCUUUCAAGUUCGGUUCUUAAUACAUAUUCUAAUAAAUGAUGAUGGACGCUGCGAAAUAUUUUUUUCAAUAAUACAUAGAUUUUUUUUUUUGAACAGAAAUAAUUAAAAAAUAUGAAAAGAGAUGUGUUAAAAUAAUAUAAAAAGUAUUUAUAAUCGUGGUAAAAUAUUGUAAUUAUAUAAAGUGAUUUCUCAUUGUAUAUCUAUUUUUAUUCAUCUGAAUAUUUUCCAUAAAAGAGACUCGACCUUUUAGAUUCUUAUGUUUUUUUUUUUAUUAAAAAAAAAAAUACAUGUAAAUGAAUACGAAUAUUAUGCAGCUAAAAUGAUUUCAUAUGGUCUCUAUUGUAAAUUAACUGUAACGGAUUUUAGCAAAAAGUUUACUGUCAUGUUGCAUGAUUGCAGUUGCUUAAAGUUUUUUUUGAACACCUUCCUAUCUAUUACCAUAAAUACCAAGCUAGUGCAAGGUAAAAAAGUAAUUACUCAUACAAACGGACCAUUUGAUACUGCAAACGACGCUGAACUAAAACCAUGCGAAUGCAUGCACACAUAUGCAUGUGUCUGACGAUUUAGUUUACUCUUUA